CCAGCAUUUCAGUGAUCAACGGUUGGCCAAAAAGUACUACCUAGGUUUACCGUGUGGAUAAAAUUAUUCUCCCCAAAUAGUGCCUUCUUUUCGCUUUGCGGAAGUGUUACAAAGGGACAGGAAAGUUAAAAGGAGAUUACCCGUCCAGAUCAACCAUGAAGAUCCAACUAAUUGCGCUCGUUUGCAGCGCGAUCGCGUUGACAGAGGCCCAAAACUAUCCCCCGCGUCUGAGCAUUCCCGGAGCGGUAGCAUCACCUGGUCAAGUGCCCCACCGACAGCCUGUGUUGAGAGUACGCCGUCCAGGAGCCUCAUUGCGCCAGCAGAAUACCAUACUUCCAGCGGUGACGCAGCGCAUCGCCAUUGAGGAACCGCGUCCUGUGACGGAAUCAGCGGAGGAUGAGCAGCCGGAGCCAUAUCUGCCGAACCUUCUGCGGGAACAGCAGUUGGCUCAGGCCCAACAAUCACAGUUCCAGCAGGCAGCAGCCGCCUUCCUGGCCGGCCAACAACCCGUUGAACAACCCUCGCCGGUGCAGCAGUUCCUUCAGUCCGAUGACUCACAGCCGGCUGCCAUCCUGCCUCCUCCUUCCUCGCGCUUCCCCGCUGAACGGCCAUCUAUUCCGACGCCCCUGAACCGUCCCGCCGCCUUCAAUGAUUUUGGCAUUGGUCGGUUUGAGAACUCGCAGAGAUUCGGAUUGGAGCGACCUACGCCCACUGCAGCAGCGCCACCACCACCGCAACAACAGCCCCAGCGGGUGGCUGUGAUCCGAACAAGACCAGCGUCUUCCGCUGCCCUACGACCUGAAUCACCACCACCACAGCCUAUGGCCAGGCCACGCCCUAAGCCUGUCCAGCCGCGUCCCAUCAUUGAUCAAAAUCAGCUACAGGACGAUCACGUUGACCAGCAGCAGCAGCGUCGCCGUCAGCCCGUUUCCCAGACCAUUCGCAAGUGGCGUGAGGAAAACGAGGACGGAAGCAUCACAUGGGGCUAUGAGAACGACGACGGAUCUUUCAAGGAGGAGCUGAUCGGCACCGAUUGCAUCACCAAGUGAGUAAAACAGAUUGAAUCCAACCUCUUUCUCCCACUUACCCAAACUUCUCGUUCACCAGGGGAACCUAUGGCUACGUUGAUCCAGAUGGCAACAAACGUGAGUACCACUAUGAGACUGGAAUCAAGUGCGAUCCUAACAACCGCAACAACGAGGAAGAGCUACAAGAGAACGGGUUCGUCAACUACGAAGAGAAUCGCGCCGUGCUGCCCAAUGGUCUGGAGAUCGACAUGACGCAGUUGGGCAAGAAGAAGUCGAAGCGCCCGAACGGCUUUUACAGGAACUGAUACUCCCCACAACAUAUAGUCCCUUAAGUCAAGCAGCUCGUAGUUCGUCUUACUUGUAUUCCACUUAUAAUUAUGUUCAUACUCCAUUGAGUGUCAAGUGAAAGAUUAAAAUGAUUAGAAU